UCAAAACUCCAGCCAGGGAGCGCAUUGAAGAUCAAAGACAAACAACAGAGUCCGCAACAUCUCCAAGGCUUAAUCUAGAAAUCUAGAUUACAGUGUCCUGUCCUACCCUUGGAAAUUAGUAAUGGAAAAGAUUCAGAUGCUGCGUGUAUUUUUGCUGUGCUUUCUGGCUGUCCAUCAGUGCCUGGCUCUGCCAAUGCAGAGCCAAUGUAUCGACGAAUCGAUCUGCGCGUACAGCUUGCAGGACUACUACAGCCAAUUCGCCAAUAUGCCCAGCAACAUCAAUGAACGCAGUAUUGCCCCCUGGAAUUAUAUUGAAAACAUCGACUUGAACCGGGUACCGCAGGUGAUACACGAAGCCAGCUGCCACACAAGCCACUCGUGCAGUGGCCUCGACAAUGCUUUUGGUCUACAGACCAUACCUGUAGCCCUGAGGAUGCCCGUCCUCAAGAAGAACCCCAGAUGUUUCCCAACGGCAAGCUACUCUCUGGAGUUUGAAUUAAUCACCAUAGCUUGUAUAUGUGCUAUUUCCAGGACCAGCUGAGGAGGUCUGGUGGUGACAUUGUCAUCUCAUGGUAUUGUUGUGAUGUCCCUGUGGAGAGGACUCGCAAAAGGCUUAUAAUUUAACUAGAUUGAAUUUACAUUUAUUAAGACUUACUAUUACACACUAAAUAUAUGAAUUACUGUAUAUGCAUAAUGAUUUUUCCACAAUCAGGACCAUGCCUAUUGCCUGGUGUCAUUCACUUAAAAGAAA